UGUCACCAUACCAGUUUCUAAACUACACACCGACCUUGAACUUUCAUCCUCUUUUCGUGGACUACGGAAAUCUGAAUACACCGGCAAACAAACAAAAAUGGGUGAACCACUGAAAGUGCUUGUAACAGGAGCUGCUGGCCAGAUUGCCUACUCACUCCUCUACUCCGUAGCCAGGGGAGAUGUGUUUGGCAAAGAUCAGCCAAUCAUUCUGGUUCUGCUGGACAUUGCCCCCAUGAUGGAGGUUCUGAAUGGUGUUGUCAUGGAGCUGACAGACUGCUCUCUGCCCCUCCUACAACAGGUGAUUCCAUCCUGUGAUGAGAUGGAAGCCUUCAAGGAUGUAGAUGUCGCCAUGUUGGUGGGGGCCAUGCCCCGUCGCGAGGGGAUGGAGAGAAAGGAUCUUCUGGCUGCCAAUGUCAAGAUUUUCAAAUCUCAGGGCCAGGCCAUUGAUAAAGUGGCCAAGAAGACAAUCAAGGUGGUGGUGGUAGGUAACCCAGCAAACACCAACGCCUACAUCUGUAAAAAAUACGCCCCCUCCAUUCCUCCCCAGAACUUCACUGCGCUCACCAGGCUGGACCAAAACAGAGCACAGGCUCAGGUAGCUGCUCGGUUGGGAGUUCCAAACAGUGCGGUAAAAAAUUGUGUGAUUUGGGGAAACCAUUCCUCCACGCAGUAUCCAGAUCUGACCUACGCCGUCGUUAAUGUCGGAGGAAAGGAAGUCAAGGCCCGGGAGGCCAUCAAGGAUGACAACUGGGUCAAGAAUGACUUUGUUAAGACAGUUCAGCAGCGAGGGGCCGCCGUGAUCAAGGCCCGCAAGCUGUCCAGUGCCAUGUCGGCCGCCAAAGCCAUUGUGGACCACGUACAUGACUGGUGGUUCGGGGUCCCAGAGGGUAGCAUGGUGUCUAUGGCAGUUCCGUCUGACGGAUCGUACGGCAUCGAGGAGGGUCUAGUCUACAGCUUCCCGGUCCGCACCAAGCCUGACCACACCUAUGAGAUCAUCAAGGACUUGCCCAUUGACGACUUCUCACGAGAAAAGAUGGACAUCACAAUGAAGGAGUUGGUGGAUGAGAAGAACAUGGCCAUGUCUGCCUGCCAGGACUGACCAUCACCUAAACUGUAACACAGUGUGUCUCUAGUGACGAUUGUCAGCUCUCAGUGUUGUAUAGUACUGGUGGAUGUUCCUAGAACACACUCUUGACUUAUUGUAGCUGCUUUAAUGUUUUCAUUCCAGCUUUGCUUCUAACCCUAAUGUAUGCCCUUGGCUUCCAUGUAUCAUGGUUAAUGACAACUCUUUGUAUAAAUAUUUAACAUAUAAAAAGUUUGAGAUUUUGUAAUGAGAGGGAUAUUUAAGACUGCCGGCUACAUAUGCAUUUAUGUAUGGUACUGAAAAGAAACAGACUGAAAUAAACACAAACAGGUUGUUGAUUUGAUGUUUUGAUUGAUUUAUAUCAAGGUAUGUCAUUGCCAAUCAUUGAAUAAUUAGAAAAAAUUCAUAUUAAAAGGAACUUAAAAUGUUAAA